CUUUUCACGAUUACCCUUAACUUAGGAGGAAAGCAAUAUUAAGACCUUUUAGACCAGCAGUUGGAGCAGAGGAUAGAAACCUAAACUGCCAUAUUACAUUGUUGAAUGAUGGAAAAAGGCGCGAGCUCUGGCCAUGUUGGGAGCCAUAGCUUAUGGUUUAUAGCUUCAUCUCAUGGCAGUGCACCCGCAGAGAAUAAAAACAAGGAACUUUGCUCGUUAGCUGAAGUUUUUUCUCUUCGUUUAUAACCUGAACAAUUAAAAAAUAUCAUUUAUUCAUUGCGGAUGAAGGCGUUGCUCUAUAGAGCUUAUUGCAGUCAUUCAUAUUCCAUUUUUUCUUUAAAUUUACUCUGGAAUCUUAAACCCUGAACAAGAAGCAGUGCCAUGAUUGGUCGCAUGUUCAAAACUCCUGGACUGCAAGGGUUUAUUAUAUGUUUAGAAAAGGCUUAUUUUUAAUGUUUCCAGGACAUAGAUAACUUCUUGUUUUGCUAAACUUCAUUCUCAACUAAUUAAUUCUUCGCCAUACUUAAGGAUGUGAAUUGUUAUUGUCUGCAAAAGUUGUUAGUUACCAUUAUCUCUCAAUCAAAAGCAAUGGCGUACUUUUCACGCUCUGGCACGUUGCGGAGGCUUUUGUCAUCUCGUAACAUUCUUACAAAGCGUCUGUCAUGCUUCCCAAAUAACCCUAAUCAUAUGGAAUGUGGAAACAGGUUAAUGGGUCAUGAAUCAAAUUCUUUAGAUAAGCUACCCAAAUAUAUACACUUUUGUCCAAUGGCAAUUUUUAGAAGUCCUGUACAUAAGGAGUUGAUUGAUACAGCUCCUAUAAGGUCGUUACAAAGCAUGUCAAAAUUUCUUACUGAAUUUGGAAGGGAGGGUCUAUUUUCUAGCUCGUUGCUCACGAGGAAAACUAAUUUUUUGAGGUCUACAUACUUUUUACAUCGUCGCCAAUUCUCAACAAAAUCUGAGAAUCCUGGGACGGAGCCUAUACCAUUGGAGUUGGUCACCAGUGACGAGCUCUAUACUCGGUCAGAUGCCUAUGCUGCCAUUGAACUUGCUCUGGAUGCUGUUGUUAAGGUUUUCACUGUAACAAGCAGUCCUAAUUAUUUUCUUCCAUGGCAAAAUAAGCCUCAAAGAGAAAUUACAGGAUCUGGUUUUGUCAUUUCAGGCAGGAGAGUUUUGACAAAUGCUCAUGUCGUAGCAGAUCAAACUUUUGUGCUUGUUCGCAAACAUGGUUCUCCAACUAAAUACAGGGCAGAGGUGCAAGCUGUUGGGCACGAAUGUGAUCUUGCCCUCCUUACGGUUAGUAACGAGGAAUUUUGGGAAGGAAUGAAUUUUCUCGAAUUUGGGAACAUUCCCUAUCUCCAGGAAGCUGUGGCUGUCGUGGGAUAUCCUCAAGGUGGUGACAAUAUUUCUGUGACUAGAGGAGUUGUCUCAAGAGUAGAACUGUCACAAUAUACACAUGGGGCAGCUAAUCUUAUGGCCAUACAGAUUGAUGCAGCAAUCAAUCCAGGCAAUAGUGGAGGACCUGCAAUCAUGAAUGAGAAAGUUGCUGGUGUUGCUUUUCAAAAUCUGGCAGGUGCAGAAAAUAUUGGGUACAUAAUACCUGUUCCGGUCAUAGAACAUUUUAUGGCUGAUGUAAAUGAACAGGGAAACUAUAUUGGCUUUUGUACGCUUGGUGUAUCUUGUCAACCUACUGAAAAUAUGCAGCUGAGGGAUCACCUAAAGAUGCUACCUGGAUUAACAGGUGUGCUAGUUAAUAAAAUUAACCCACUAUGUGAUUCACAUGUGAUGCUCAAGAAAGAUGAUGUAAUAAUAGCUUUUGAUGGUGUUCCUAUUGCAAAUGACGGCACAGUGCAUUUUAGGAACAGGGAAAGGAUAACUUUUGAUCAUCUUGUAUCAAUGAAAAAGGCUGGUGAAACUGGUGCUGUAAGAGUAUUGCGUGAUGGUGUACAACAUGAAUUCCAUAUUAAGCUGGGACCACCUCAAUCAUUGGUUCCAGUUCAUCAGUUUGACAAGUUGCCGAGCUUUUUCAUCUUUGCUGGUUUGGUUUUCACUCCAUUGACACAACCCUAUCUUCAUGAAUAUGGUGAUGAUUGGUACAACACUUCACCACGCAGACUUUGUCAACGCGCUCUUACUGAAUUGCCCCAAAAGAGAGGGGAACAAAUAAUCAUUCUAUCUCAGGUGUUGAUGGAUGAUAUUAAUACAGGUUAUGAGCGCCUGUCAGAUUUUCAGGUGAAAAAAGUGAACGGGGUGGUAGUUGACAACUUGAAGCAUUUACGUCGGUUAGUAGAAGGUUGCACAGAAAAGAGCCUCCGUUUUGACUUGGAUGAUGAAAGGGUGGUUGUUCUGAAUUAUGAGAAUGCUAAAGGUGCCACUUCUCGUAUAUUGAAGCGACAUAGGAUACCUUCUGCCUUGUCUCUCGAUUUGAUGGAAGAUGUAGAGCGAGAGCAAUUGGAAUAUAAAGAAAGGGUAGAUGGUGCACCUGUUGAAGAAGCUGUUGCCGUCUCUAGACUCUAGAUAAUAGGAUUUGGAUGCUGUCACAAGUUCCUUGACAUUUGAUUUAUAUAUUCGGCCUUGGCAUGUUAAACAUUAGCAGGAUCCAUCAAUUUUAUUAUGCUGGGCACAGUUGAUUGCAGCCACAUUUUGUGAAGGGAAUGAAACCUACCAGGUGUAAAAGAAUAUGAAUUUUUCCUCAAUUUGGGUGAUAAAAAUAAAUUUUAAUGUUGCAUCCUCAAUAUGAGGAGAAUGUGCUAAAUGUAGUUUUUGCUUGCAAAAGCAUAGACCUAAGAGCAAAUUUUAAAUUCUAAAUUUCUAGGUAUGCAAAUGCAAAACUUGAAUUUA